UGACAUUGUUUCUUCCGUCAAUAAUUUGAUGGUUUUUAUUGAAAUCAAACUAUUUUAGGGGCUCUCAUAAACCCUUUCAACUAAUUUCACCAUUAGGUAUGGGAGAUACGGAACCAUUAGAAAAAGAUGAGACCAAAACAGAGAUUCCAAAUCUGGUUCGUACAACUUCCCAUGGGUACUUCCAUGGUCAUGCAUGUCAUUUGAGUGCAGCUAAACUUUCUGCAUAUGAGUUAAAGUGUAGAGGAGUCCGUAAAUGGUUGUUCAAUAUAAUCACAGUUCAUGCUGGUGAUAUAAGGGCUAUCAAUAUGCACAGGUCCUACGCAGCGUUAUGUGCGGAGAAGUUUCGUCACUAUCAGCAUUUUCGCUACACCAUACAUCCGUACAGCAAGCUACGAUUCUAUUUGGAGUUCUUGUUCGUCUUCUUGAUGAUAGUUUCUUCUGUUGUACUAGCUUUUCAUUAUGCUGAAAAUAAUGGAGACUAUGUUGUAUACCACGCGAAAUUGCUGAUGUUCAGUGAUAGCAUGAUCAUAGUGAAUAUAAUUGUUAACUUCUUUACUGGGUAUAUAGAGGGGUAUUCCCGUAAGGUUUCCGUCUUGUCCAAAAAGAAGAUUGCAUGGAAAUACUUAACUACCUGGCUGGUAUUAGACGUGGUUGCCUGUUUCGCGAUCCCUAUCAGCUAUGACACUACGGAACACACUAUCUAUAUGCUCUUAGAGGCUAUGAAGUUAGUACGACUACCUAUCAUAAUGGUUUACUUGCAAAAUGUUCUCACUGUUAUGAAAGCAUCUAUUUAUCAAAAGACUAUAGUGGAGAUCCUAUUUUCCCUGGUAAUGUUCCUAGCAUGGAACAUAUAUUUUCAAUUUACUGUGGACUAUAUCAUUGAGGGGACUCACGCACCGGCAAAUCCUAGAAACUGCUCGUGGCUAACUGUGGGGAACCUGUGGAACCAAACAACUGAAGUUCGAAUACUUUAUGCUUUUGACAGAGCUGUUGGUAUGCUAACCACAAACACAAACAUGAAUCUUCUAGAACAGAAGGGUUGCUUUGAAAACUUUAUUGUUACUUACUGGAUUUUUUCUAAGAUUUUCAUAUACCAUUACGCUUUAAAAUAUAUACUGGCAUUGUUCGGUAGAGAGUCUGCUAGAGCCCAUUAUUAUAUGAUGAAGAAACAGCUGCAGACAUACAUGGUGCAUAGAAACUUUCCGCCAAGGCUCAAGAGCAAAAUCCUCAAGUUUUAUGCUAUUAGAUUUCAGUCGAAAUAUUUCGAGGAAUCUCGAAUGCUCGGCUGUGUGUCUGGUCAGCUAAGAGAAGACAUCCUCAUGCACACUGGGCGUCAGUUAGUAAGAGAACUGGAAUUUUUGAAGCAGCUGCCAAGCUCCUUGUUGGUGCAAAUCGCUUUUAAACUACGAGUCGUCAUAUACAUCGCUGGUGAUAUCAUUUUCAAAAUUAAUACUGUAGGCGAUUGCCUCUACUUCAUCGACAGAGGGACAGUAGCCAUCUACUCAGACUCCGGCAAGGAGAUCUGUCACCUAGAAGACGGUGAUUUCUUUGGAGAAAUAGCAUUGGUAAUGAAGCACCAUUUCAGAACAGCUUCGGCUAUAGCAGUAACCAAUUGUGAGUUAUUUAGACUAGAUAGGGAACAUUUUGACGCGACAAUAGCGUAUUAUCCGACUGUGUAUAAUAGCAUUAAAGAGGUUGCGACUAGUAGAUUUGAGAGGACGUGUGUGUUGGACGAGCACCACAAGGCUGAACUGAGAACAGCUGAAGAGAGUGAAAGAUGAAUUGUGAUUGGUUGAAUUUAGCUCCUUGAUUGUGAUUGGUUUUGUUUUGUGGACUUUGAUUGGUUGCCAAUUGCCUUACUCGGUGUUACCUACUUUUUUAUGUUGAUCUCCAAAUUGUGUUUUGAUAGAACAUUGUGUGAUCAAUUCAAAUUAAAUUCAAGAUUUUUGGUUUUAAGUCCUUGACUGCCAAUAAAAAACUGUUGAAGGCAAAUCCUCCGCUAACGUCGGUCACCGGUGACCACCGGCGACCGGCGUUCAAUGUGUUAAUAAUAAUUAAAGCUACAAUUUUGUUUAAGUAGAACAACUAUUUUAUGUAAGUGCUAAGGUCUAAGUUUAAAUAAAACAUGUCAGAUAUUUUCAAAUUCGUUUUUAUUUAAAACCAGCCACCAUGUAAGACAAAGCGGAAUCUUCUGAUAUUAAAAAAUAGACAGUACCUGUGAUUAUUUCAUGCAAUUAAAUAGUGGCAUAGUGAUGGAAACUCAUCUUUAAAACCGACAAGGUUUAUAAAAAAAUUCGUUUAAAAAUUUGAAAUAAUCACAGUACCUACGCUCUAUAACUUGUAGAUUGAUAAGAUAGCUGAAAUAUUUCAUAGCCUCGGCUACUGGGUACAAUGGUUACAAUCAACUCUAAAUGCAUAAGACUUUUUUUUCAAAGACAUUAAAAAAAGUAGCUUCGUAAUAACCAUAAUCUGGGAUUUUUCUUUCUAACACCAUUUCACAUUAUUAUAUGACAGUCCCGAUCCUAUUAUAUAAUAGUAUAGUCAUAUGACUGUAUCAGUAUUAUAUAGUUAUAUAAUUAUAUCGGUAUCAUAUAAAAGGAUCGACACUGUCAUAAUAUUAUAGGGCCGUAUAUAAUAUGAUAGCUCCGAUCCUGUAAUAUAACAGUACCGAUCCUAUAAUAUGACCGUACCGAUCCUAUUAUAUUAUGACAGUACUUACCAGACAGAAACCUUAUGCAAAAAAGCUGAAAGUAUCCACCGUAUAAGUCAAUAUUUUUAUAAUGUCUUAUAAUAUUAUUUAUUCACAUAAUGACUUAUUUCUUUUCACUCCGUUACAUACAAACAUCAGUCAAUCGCUUUUGGCAAGCAACCUAAUAAACUCAUGUAGGAAGGAUAAUACAUACAUAUAGAAAAUGGACGAUGGAGUAUAAUAUAAAGGAAGGAUCUAUUUAGACUUGCUGUAGAAAAUUUAUAUAGAGGAGGUUUCAUUUACUCAUGUAUUAAAACUUUGUUUCCCUAAUAUCCAUCCAGUAAAUGAUUUUUCUUCGAAAUCUCUAUAUAUACGAAUUUGCUAUAGUGGAUUCAGUUCCAGUCAUCUCUUGUAAUAGUUAAGGAAUUUGAAUACUCAAGUCGAAUGUAUGUAAGAAAUUAUAGUGUGAUCAGUAAGUUCAUAACCUCGAUACAGGUGUAGACACCAUCAUAAUUUGAUUGAACACCAAGCUAUUUGUCAUUUUUAUAUUUUGGACUCUACUACAAUACCAUAAGGUUGAAAUUAUAUAAAAUAAUUUAGCUUGGUAGCUUGUUGUACAGGCUCUUCGGUACACCAAGCGUUUUGAUAUCUGUUAUAAAGAUUAGCUCAGUCAGUUCUCUAUGUCCACGAAGGCAUGAAGUAUUAAUAAGGAGUUGGAAAGAAGGAUAUAUUAUAAACAUUUUAUUCAGACUAUCAUGAGCAACGCCAAUGAUACGAUAAGAGAAACCCUAGUAUGAGUUUGCUUUACGUAUAAAGUAGUCGAAAUGAGAAUGCUUUCGGCGCUCUGAUCGGGCAGCUCGAAUAAACCAACCAAUCAGAGUGUCGAACGCGCUCUAGUUUCUAUUUUCUUUCAAUCUCGUUAUACGUAAAGCAAACCUGUACUAAAGGUACAGUACAGUCACUAUCUAAUAACCUAUCUAAUCCAUCGGUUUGUUCAAACGUAGUUCAAAUAAAUCUAUUGACAGAAUGGACGUAAUUCAUGGAAGAGAGAUAAUUUUUACAUUUUUUAAUUUACUCGAAAUAUCACAACCAAAAUAAAUAAACUCUUAUAUCUAUACAAAUGAUAUUGUUGAGUG